AUGUUGCACCUUUUCAUCCAGCACGCCAUCGGCAGCAUCGCGGUAUGCCUGACCCUCCUAAACUCGCUCCAAUCACACUCACCGUCACAAUCCUUCCGCGUUUCGGUGUCCGCUGCAGGCGUCGGUCCUGCAGUCGCCGAGAACUUUCCAGACCCGGGCCUCGCUCUUGACACAAGUAAUGGAUCCGAGACUUGGUACGCUUUCAGCACCCAGACCGGAAAGAUCAAUGUCCGGCUUGCCUCCUCGCGGGACUUUUCAAACUGGAAGCUGCAUGAAGGCUACGAUGCUCUUCCCACGACGCCAGGCUGGGCGCGUAGGUCGCCUCACGCCGGUAUCUGGGCACCGGACGUGAACCAACGACCGGAUGGAUCAUGGGUCAUGUACUUUGCCGCCGUAGGUCGGACUCAUCCACAAAAACACUGCAUUGGUGCUGCCACCUCUCCCAACGUCACGGGGCCUUACACUCCCCUCGAUGAACCCAUCGUAUGCAAUCUCCCUAGAGGCGGCAACAUCGAUCCAAAUCUCUUCGUCGAUCCCAUCAACAAUGAGAAUUAUCUGGUCUACAAGACUGAUGGCAAUGCAAUCGGUCAUGGAGGUGCUUGCGGGAACACCAAGAGCCCAGUGGUGCCUACGCCGCUUUAUCUUCAAUUGAUGGACCCCCAGGACCUCGUCACGCCAAUAGGCCAGCCCGUCUACCUGUUCUCAAACGCCAAUAGUUUCAAAGAAGAUGGCCCAAACGUCGAACGGCCAUGUAUGGUCUACCGCAACUCGACCUACUAUCUCCUGUACAACGCCCAUUGCUUCGCGAGUCCACAGUACCGCAUCGACUACGUCAGCUGCAGGGUCGGCGUCGACACCCAUACCGGCAUUCUGGGCUGCAACUGGGACGCUCUCAAAAUGAAGCAACAGACGUCCAAGGACCACACAUUGCUCCAAACGGGCGAUGUCGUCUCCGGUACGAAAUUUUACGCUCCGGGCAGUAUGGAUGUGAGUCCCGACCAACGUAGAGUGGUCUUCCACGGCGAUGUCAACUUGGAGUGGUUCGCGCCCCAUCAUCCACACAGUGUUCACCGUGACCGUGCCAUGUUCGCGGGCGAGAUUGACUUUGUAAAAUCAGUUCUUCGAGUUACUCAGCUUUUCUGA